CUACAUUUGAAAAUAGCAGUUGUUCAGGGAUGCACCAACGCACGCGAGCGCGCGCAAUAGAAGUCUUUUAUCAUACGGAACCCAAAUGUUCUCAUCUAAUACGUUAAUAAAAUAUUAAAUUUUGCCGGUUUCACUCAAGACCAUUUACAGUUGGUGAACGUAGGUGUGCUGUAGAAGCGUGAUGGCACAGCGUGUUACCGUGAAUGAGGCCGCUGGGCCUAAACGGACCGCCAGGGUUCGAGUAGCGGUGCGGCUGCGGCCCUACAUGGACAAACAAGACGAGAAAGGCGAAGGGCCCUGUGUCCGAGGACUUGGACCGCAGAUUCUGGAGAUAGUCAACUGGAGGAACGCCACUGAGACUCUCCGAUAUCAGUUUGACAUGUUCCAUGGAGAUCAGACGACUCAACAGGAAGUGUUCUUGUGUUCAGUGAAGCCUGUUAUCCCCCACAUUCUUAAUGGACAAAAUGCUAGUGUCUUCGCUUAUGGACCCACUGGAGCUGGAAAGACCCACACAAUGCUGGGCAGUCAGGAGCAACCGGGUGUGAUCCCCAGAGCGGUUCGUGAGGUUUUCCAACUGGUGCGCUCUCAAAUGAAAGACCAGGAUGAAUGGGAGUUUUCUGUAGGCAUGUCAUAUCUAGAAAUCUACAAUGAAAAGGUUUUGGACCUUUUGUCCCCUAACUCUCAGGAUCUGCCAAUCCGUGAAGACAAGGAUAAAAACAUCAUUAUUCCAGGCUUGACUCACACCCCCCUCUCAUCUUUCUCCGAUUUUCACACCCACUUUGUGCCAGCCAGUCUGAACCGGACCACAGCCUCCACCAAACUAAACCAGCGCUCCAGCCGCAGUCAUGCAAUCCUCCUCAUCAAGGUGGUGAAAUGUCAGCGUGUUCCUCCUCACCGACAGCAGACGGGGAAGUUGUAUCUUGUGGAUCUUGCUGGCUCUGAGGAUAACCGACGCACAGGAAACCAGGGCAUCCGCUUGAAAGAAAGUGGUGCCAUAAACUUGUCACUCUUCACCCUCAGCAAGGUUGUGGACUGUCUAAACACGGGGGCGGGGGGACGUGUGCCCUACAGGGACAGCAAGCUCACCCGUCUUUUACAGGACUCGCUAGGUGGUUCAGCUCAUUCAGUCAUGAUCACAAACAUUGCCCCUGAAUAUAAAUACUAUUUUGAUACAUUCACUGCCCUCAACUUUGCUGCCAAAUCCAAGCAAAUCAUCAACAAGCCAUUUGUCAGAGAGACAGUGAUGCCCCCCACGAAUGCUGCAGGAAAGAGGUCCAGAGAGGAACAAGAUGCUGGGGGAUCUGGAGAACCCCAGAAUAAGAGAGUGAAGGAAGGCAAGAAAGUGGAGCAGCCAUCACCCACACUCACACACCCCCAUAGCCCAGUGGAUUCGUCAGUUUUGGAUAGACUUUUGGCUCUGGAGAAACUGAUGAUGGGCACCCCAGAGAGAGAGAGACUCAAGUUGCUCAAAACAGUUGCCCAGUCCCGCAAAGAGAUACAGAGGUUGAAAGAGAAGCAAAAGGAGCUGGAGGAGAAGGCAGAUAUGUUGAACAAACUAACAGGAGGCCAGAGUGGACUGAACGAUGAAAGGGAUGACUCAGCAAGCAGCAUAUCUCUCUUCAAAACAGAUCUGCCCCCCCUCCAGAGGAAACAGUCCGUUUCAGCAAGACCCAAGAAACAACAGGCAAUUGUCACCCCAUUACAGGUGUCCCAGGUGCAGCCCCUGCAGGAUUGUGCUGUAGUCUGUAAGGCAUCCCAAACUAUUGGCAAGAAGAAAAAACACAUCAACACAAAGAUCUCUGAAGGUAAGGAGAACAGUAGUCUGGAAGCAGCCUUUGAGGAGGAGGCAAAUUGGGAGUCAAGGUUAGACUUGUCAUUAUUAGACCAGUCCAAGAAAAAGAUUCUCCAGACACUCAACUCAGGCUCGCUCAAAGAGUUGAAGAGUCUGCAACUCAUUGGUGACAAGAAGGCCAAACUUAUCCUGGGCUGGAGAGAAAUCAAUGGAGAUUUCACACAGGUGGAAGAUUUAAAGAAAAUUGAAGGCAUUACAGAAAAACGCUUUUCAUCUUUUAUUAAGGCCAACAUUCUAAGUGCGAUGGGGAAGUGAUAGUGUGUCUGUGAGUGAGAUGCCAUGUGGGAAGUUUUUUUGGGUUGUUUGAUCUUAAAUUUUUGUACAUAUUUCUCUUUUUUUUUUUUUUUUUUUUUACCUUUUUUUUUUUUACCUUUUUUUUUUUAAAUUUCCUGAUGUUGCAUUUAGGGCUUGUAUUUAACUGUCACUGUAUUUUUAUGGUAUGAUUUUAAUCCAGUGAUAAACAUGCUGCUUAAUAAAAGCUGCUGCAGAGACA